GGAGCUGGGGGACAGGAAGGGGUAAGCCGAAGCGCGCGCCGCUGCACGGCCGUCUCCGCCCCCUUCCAAGCAACCAAUCGCGACCAAGACGCCGGGCGCGCGCACGCUCCCUCGAGUUUAACGGUCACGAGAGGCCGAGCGCCCGACCCUGACAUCCGCAGUGGGAGCGGCGGCCAGACUCUCCUGGGACCUUCGGAUAGUUCACUUCUGAAUGUCAGCAACUGAAAAUGCCUGUAGACGAUGAAGCAUCUGAAGAUGACUCAGAUUCAGUUUCUUCAAACAGUGCAAGAACCUGAAUUUUCAAAUGAGAGCGUGUAACAAUUUCUGUACACUAUGGAAGAUUUUGACUUGGGGAAACCCUCACAGAAAGCUUCAUCUUCUAUAGAAUCUGAUAUAAAAAAUUCUCCUCAUUCUCUUGGACUGAACUUAAAUACUAAUAGGGAAGACCAGACCAUCUGUAAUUCAAGGUACAUUUGAAGUCCUCACCUCUUUAAUGCAAGAGCUACAAAACAGUGGAAAGACUGAUUCGGAACUUUGGAAAAACUGUGAGCACUGCAGAUGGUGACCGCAGCCAUGAAAUUAAAAGACGCUUGCUCCUUGGAAGAAAAGCUAUGAUCAACCUAAACAGCAUAUUAACAAGCAGAGACAUUACUUUUCCAACAAAGACCAGGUGGUUACAACUAUUCAGUUUGGUGGAAAAACAGUGCCAAGAGCAGAUAGUGGCUCAGCAGGAGCAAUUCCACAACCAGAUUCAACGUAUACAGGAGGAAAUAAAAAAUUUAGUCAAGUUACAGACCAAUAAUGCUUCCUGGGCUUCCUAUGAUAGACGUUCUUUAAGCAAACAAAGAUCUUCAGAAAGUCAAAUGGGUUUUUUUUCUGAAAACGGUGAGAGAAAUGAAUAUGUUAUCAGUUAUCCCAAGUCUGAAGAGUCUGAAAUGCAGCAAGAAGCAUCCCUGUCGCAACCAGACUGCAAUGUGGAUAGUAGCUCAGUGAGCAGUGGGUAUGGAACGUUUUGCAUCUCAGAACUAAACACCUACAAAUCUAAGGACGCUCAAGAUUUCAUGGAGCACACAGAGGCUGCUGAAGGACAGUUUGGAGCAGCGGUGGUGCCAUCGGAGCCGCUUGGAGACGGGGUGAAAACCCAGAGUUUUUAUAUUCAUCCAAAUGAAGAGCUCUGUGCUGCUUUAAAAGAAGAGAUUCCCAUUUUCCCCGGUGAAUUUGAACACAGUUUUCCUGGUGAAAGUAAGAUUUCGGAAGUAUACAGUGGAAAAACAAACAAUAAAUCGAUAACAUCAUGGGCUCAAAGGCUGAAGCAGAACCAACCAAAGAGAGCACAUAAAGAAGAGGGCUACUCAAAAUCUAUGCAAGGAGAUGAGCAAACCAAGAAAUCCCCAACUGAGAAAUCUGAUUUCACUGCUGAUACACAUUCUCGAGUUUUUUACUUCAACAAACCAGAUGAGGGUCCAAAUUCUUGGAUGUCUGAAUCAGGAACAGGACUGACUUACUGGAAACUGGAGGAGAAGGACAUGUAUCACUCUUUGCCUGAGACUUUAGAGAAGACAUUUGCACCAGCCUCCUCCACGGAUAUAUCACCUAGCCAGUCUAAUACUAGUAAUGAGAUGAAGCCACCAUCAUUGAAGGAUAUUUAUCAUAAAAAACAAAGGGAAAACAAGCAGUUACCUGAGAGGAAUCUCACUUCUGCUUCCAACCCAAAUCAUCCGCCAGAGGUAUUGACUCUGGACCCAACGUUACACGUGAAGCCAAAUCAGCAGAUUUCAGGGAUUCAACCACAUGGUUUUUUGAAUGCUCUUGAUGACAGAAUAUCCUUUUCACCGGACUCUGUUCUAGAACCUAGUCUCUCUAGUCACUCUGACAUAGACUUGUUUUCACAAGCAAGUCCUAUCACUUCUCAGUUAUCUGGUUUCCCAAAAUAUCCUACAGAUGCAAAAAUUUCGCCAGUGGAAUCUUGGAAAAAUCAUGCAUUCCGAAAUGAGAGUAGGACCAGUUCCACGUUUCCUUCAGUAUAUACUGUUGGUAGUAACGACAUCUCAGUCAGCACUGUAGAUGAAGAAAACCCUGUCCUGGGACCGCCUGUCUCGGUCAGUCAGUCCCAGCUUCCAGGUACAGCCAAUGGUGUCCCAGAAUGCAUUUCACUGACUUCCCUGGAGGAUCCUGUGGUAUUGUCUAAGAUUAGGCAGAACUUGAAGGAAAAGCAUGCUCGACACAUAGCAGACCUUCGAGCUUACUAUGAAUCGGAAAUAAAUAGUUUGAAACAGAAACUGGAGGAAAAAGAAAUUUCUGCAGCUGAAGACUGGAAGAAAACCAAUCAAAUUCUUGUAGACAGAUGUGGCCAGUUAGAGAGUGCUCUGAAUGAAGCUACUAGUCAUGUGAGAACACUUGAAAAUAAGAAUAACAUACUGGAAAGAGAAGUGAGUGAUUUCAGAGAACGCUUCAACGCAGCCAGCAGUGCCUCCAAAAUUCUGCAGGAACGAAUUGAAGAAAUGAGAACAAGUAAUAAAGAAAAAGAUAAUACCAUUAUUCGACUGAAAUCUAGACUUCAGGAUUUGGAAGAGGCAUUUGAGAAUGCUUACAAACUCUCAGAUGAUAAAGAAGCAAGACUAAAACAAGAAAACAAAAUGUUUCAAGAUCUUUUAGGAGAGUAUGAGUCCCUUGGAAAAGAACACGAAAGAGUAAAGGAUACAUUAAAUAUAACUGAGAACAAAUUGCUUGAUGCACAUACUCAGAUUUCUGAUUUGAAAAGGACAGUUUCAAAACUUGAAGCUCAAGUCAAGCAAGUAGAGCAUGAAAAUAUGUUAAGUCUUCGUCAUAAUUCUAAAACUCCCAUGAGACCCUCACAUGCCAAUCUAAACCAGAGCGCAGACCUUGCAGCGUCUGAGGACACUUCUCAUCCUCGCAGCACACUGGCGGGCUCAGACGUCAGUCGGAGGAAGUGGCUGAUCCCGGGAGCGGAGCAUUCCAUCUUCACUGGGCAGCCCCUGGACACCAAGGUGGACAGCCAGCCGGAGGACACCUGCCUUCCUGGGUACCAUUCUUCUCUGGAAAAGGAUCUUUCACCUGGAAGUUCACCAAGUUUAUUGAUAAAAAAGCAGAGAGAGACUUUAGACACACCAAUCAUGAAAGCUUUGAAAGAACUUGAUGAAGAAAAAGUAUUUAAACAUUGGGGCACACAGACAGAGAGAGAGGAUACCUCAAAUAAAUUGGUGAAUCCUCGGCCAACUGACUCUUCAGUCAAUGCAAGUCGGUCCCCAGAGAAAGGUGCCCAGCAAAGACAAAAGAGGUUUAAUUCUGCUUCACAGAGAUCAUCAUCUUUGCCACCUUCAAAUCGUAAAUCGAGUACUCCAACAAAAAGAGAGAUUAUGUUAACACCAGUGACCGUGGCGUAUAGUCCAAAGCGAUCCCCUAAAGAAAACUUGUCCCCAGGAUUUAGUCAUCUACUUAGCAAAAACGAAAGCAGCCCGAUUCGAUUUGAUAUACUUUUGGAUGAUUUAGAUACUGUUCCUGUGUCUACUGUACAACGUUCCAAUCCAAGGAAACAACUCCAGUUUCUUCCUCUGGAUGACUCGGAAGAAAAAAAAUACUCAGAAAAAGCCACUGACAUCCAUGUUAAUCAUAGCUCUUCCCCCGAACCGUUGCCAAAUGGAGCGAAGAAAGUCUCCAUGAGACCAGCCUGGGAGAAGAACAAGUCAGUUAGCUAUGAACAGUGUCAGCCUGUCUCCACAGCACCACAGGGUAACAAUUUUGAGUAUACAGCCAAGAUAAGGACCCUGGCUGAAACGGAACGGUUUUUUGAUGAACUUACAAAAGAAAAAGACCAGAUCGAGGCAGCACUAAGCCGAAUGCCUUCUACUGGAGGACGAGUCACUCUGCAGACGAGAUUGAAUCAGGAAGCCUUGGAAGAUCGUUUGGAGAAGAUUAAUCGAGAGCUGGGUUCUGUUCGCAUGACGUUAAAGAAAUUCCAUGUUUUGCGCACCUCUGCAAAUCUUUGAGAUUUGUAGUCAUUAAAUUUUGAGACAUUUUUGUUUGCACUAAUGUAUAAUUAUGCACUCAAAAAAGGCGAACUAUUUUAUACUGUUUCUAAGCCUUCAAACGUAGUUUUACAAUCAUGCUAUUCUUUACACUUGCUAUUUUAUACUUCAGAUGGCCACAUAUUUUCAAGAUAUUUUUGUUAUGCUCAGGAAUCUCUUGUAUAUUUUACUAUUUAAAAAGUAUUAUUUUUAAAUAGUAUACGUCUCCUGUUUAUAUCAAGAAUAAAGAAGUAUAGCAGGGGAGGCAGCUUUGUUUCUAAACAUAGUGUUAUCCUUUUACGAUGAACUUUGCACACCAAUUUUAUAAACUUGUUCUACAUUGUGAAUAUGAUCUAGUUUUUUUUUUUAAAUAAAUGCUUUAGAAGAGCUUCCACAGUGAUAGAGUAAUACAUGCUGAAUGCAAAAAAAAAAAAAAAGCAUACCCUAGAUUUAGCUGUGUUGAAGUUUUUUUAAAAAUGGUAAUGCAAUUCCUGUUUGAAACAUGUCUUAGAGUGAAUAUUAGCAUUAAUAAUGGAAAUGUUGGAAAUAAUGGAAUAUUGGAAAGCUCUGAAAGUGAGAAUAUUUCAUUGUUUCCCUUAAGCUUUCUUAUUUGUAAGAAAGAAAAAUGCUAGAGAAGAAAAUCUCUAAUUUUGUGAUAUAUGUAGUACUUUCCAGAAAAAGUCAGUUGGAGAGCUGUAGCUUUCUGUCCAUCUUUCUGAAUGUAACUUGUGUCCCACCUUUGACAAUGAGACGAUAAGAAGCUUUGAUGAAAUACAGGCCACCACCCAGUGAGGUUGUAAGAGCAGUUUCCUCAGUGUACGCGGCCUCAGCUGUCAGAUUGUCAGGAAGACGGUUUUAACAUCUCUCCACCAUGCCCCCGCCCCGUCCCCCCACCCUCCCGAGGAAGAAAAACACUUCCAUAGUGGCUGCUGUGAGAACGGUAGGUGGAGGUCAGAGCAGCUUAUGUGUCUAGAUAGAGCUCCGUGCCUCUCGAUUGGCCUUGCUGGGGGGCUCCCGCCCGCUGCCUUGGCAGUUCCUCCUGCUCUCAGGAACUCCACGUAGGCAGCAGGCUGUGAUCUGACCAGAAGUUCGGCAGGUAGAGGUCCUGACUGCUGGUCAAGGUCCGGGCUCCUCAGCUGCUCACUUUUUUGGUAGCCAGUCAGAACCCAGCACCCACUCAAGCUCAGUAUGUGUUGAUAAAUAAGACUCAUUGCACACUUUCAACACUGAUUCCCAUUGAUUCAGGUUUUAAAGUUUGGUUUACUUUUGAGCUUUUUCUCCUCCCCGUGGCUCUUAAUAGCAUGUAGUUACGGUGAGCCAAGCCACCCAAUGUUCCACUAGGGUCUAUGUAUGCCUUCGAGCAGGGAUCUCAGAAUCUUUGAGCACCCUUCACCAAAGCUUCCUCUGCCUGAACUCCAGGCCUGGCUCCCUCCUCAGGCUCCCUGCUCAGCAUUGUGGGGGGUUCUCAGCAAGGGGAACCGACUGACAGCUGCCUCUCCUGCUCCUUCCUGUCCAUGAAUGAAACCUUUGCUUCCACCUCCUGCAACCUGUUGAAGACCUCCAGCUAAUGAGUUACUCAUCAGAAUUAAGUGCCUUGCUCCCGGUAUUUUUUUCUAGUCUUUUUUUUUUCCUUUUCUUUCUUUUUAAUCUCCUAGUUCUAGUGAAGAAAACGUUCAUUUUAAUCAAUCUCCAGUAUAGCUGUGUCAAAACUUAAUAAAGGGAUUGACUUUACCGGUGAUACUCCCUUUAAUAUGUUCCCAUACAUGACAUUAAAAACUCACUUGAAAA